CGUCUAGAAAACUGUCACAAGGACCGUGUUCGUGUGCGUUAUCCGUUUUUGUCGUAUUAUUAGCGGCGUAUCGUGUUGUUUUGUUUUCAUCUCGCGCAUCUUAUCUGCGAAAAAAUGGUGUUAUCUCCGUAACGGGCGGUCCGCAGCCAGGUUUCCUGCCGUAAAAUCAGACAGAAAUGGACAAAACGGACCAGCCGAACUCGAUAUGCCACAUCCAGUCGAUCCACAUGUACCAGCUGCAGGCGUCAGACCACGAGAAACUUGUUCCGUUCGCUCUGCUGACGGGCGAAACGGCACUGUAUGCCGGAGUCUCCGUGGACGGUCUUAUCGUCGUCACCAACUACAGACUGUACGUGCAGAACGGCGCCAACCAGCACCAUAUCCCCUUAGGCCUGAUCGAGUUCGUUGAGAUCAGGGAGCUGUUUUACCUGCACGUGUUUUGCAAGGACGCGCGCACGUACAAGUGCACGUUUGAGAACAACGAGAACGCGCUUGAGUGGUACGACAGGAUAUCGAAAGUUGCGGAGCCGCCGCGUCAAAUCGAGCAGCUGUUCGCGUUUUACUAUUGCGUCUGGUCGAAGGAGCGCGGCGGGCAAGAGGUUGCCCUCAAAAUCGAAAACCAAAAGGUGUACACUUUCGACAAGCGGAUGUUCGAAAGCGAGAUGGCCCGGCUGCAGUUCAGCGGCGACUCGUGGCGCAUCUCGAAAGCAAACGAGACAUACAAGCUGUGCCCGACGUACCCGCCAUAUUUGCUCGUGCCGUCGUGCAUCAACGACGAGGUGCUCGAGAGCGUCUCCAAGUUUAGGAGCUCGCGGCGCGUGCCGGCCGCCGUGUGGAGGCACGCGCGAAACGGCGCCGUCAUCGUCCGCUGCAGCCAACCGGAGGUCGGGUGGCUUGGGUGGCGUUCCAAGGACGACGAGGACCUCAUCAAGGCGGUGUCGGACGCGUGCAAUUUCGAUCGGACGCUAAGGGGCGGCAACGCGGGCAGCAGCGACGCCGACUCUUUGCUCUCCCAUUCGCCGGGCUCGUUCCACUCGGAUGAGUCUCUCCAGAUCGCGGGCGACGCUGUAGGCGGACCUCACGACAAGAAGAAAGUGCUCAUCAUGGACGCGAGGUCGUACACGACGGCAGUCGCGAACAGGGCCCGCGGCGGCGGCUGCGAGUGUCCAGAGUACUACCCGAACUGCGAGAUCCAAUUCAUGAACCUCGCCAAUAUACAUUCCAUCCGGAAGAGCUUCCACGCGCUCAGGCAGCUCUGCAUGACGUCGGCCGACCAACCCAACUGGUUUAGCCUGUUGGAAGGCACACGGUGGCUGCUGCACAUGUCGGGUCUGAUUAAGGCGGCGGUGACGCUCGCCGGCGCAGUCGAGAGGGACGCGAGGCCGGUAGUUGUGCACUGCUCAGACGGGUGGGACCGUACCCCGCAGAUCGUGGCCCUCGCGGAGCUCCUCCUCGACCCGUAUUACCGAACGGUGGACGGUUUCAGGGUUCUGAUCGAGCGAGAGUGGCUCGCGUUCGGCCACAAGUUCGCCGAUCGUUGCGGCCACUCGGGCGGCAGCGACGACCAAAACGAACGUUGCCCGGUAUUCCUCCAGUGGCUCGACUGCGUCCAUCAGCUCGUCAACCAGUUCCCCGUUUCGUUCGAGUUUUCGCAAAACUACCUGAUCAAGCUCGCGCAGCACACCUAUUCCAAUCUGUACGGCACGUUCCUGUGCAAUUCGCAGAAGCAACGCGCGAAAAUUGUGGCCGGCAAAACGUUCACCGUGUGGGAGUUUUUGAACGGAGCGCGGUUCCGGAACCACCUGUACGGCGCGCCCACCACGCCGUCGGGCCGCGUCCUCUGGCCCAGGACGAACGUGCGCGACCUGCGCCUCUGGUCCGAGGUCUACCUCGGCUCCAUGGAGGCGGCGAACGAGGGGGGCGACGCGUGUCCGGGCCCGCCGCCCCAACACCAGCCCAACAUGGGCAAGACGCGAUCUUACGGCGAUCUGAUGAACGCGGACGCGUGCCGCGCCUUCGGCGGCGGAGGGAGCGCGACGGGAGGCAGGCGCAGUAGCGACCCUAGCGUCAACAGAGAACCGCCGAACGUACCGCCGCAGGACCUGGUCCUUAACCACAACCACGACGCGGGACCGGACUUUUUGCCCAGCGACCUCGAUGACAACCCCACGGAAUGUACCCAGGACUGCAUGUUCAACGGCGUCGCAGCGCGCCAUCACCAGCAGAGCCUGACCGAUGACCAGAUCGAUUGCCUCGACUUCGGCGGGUUAACCACGCCUCCGCCCCCGGCGGUCAUCCGGAUGUCCGAGAUCACAGAUCACAUCGCGGCUAUGACGGAACGCCUCACAGAAUGUCCGAUUUUUCCGGACGUAGUCGGGGGCGGCAGCGAAGCGGACGACGCCGAUGAUGACACGUCGGACGCGACAACAACGCGCAGCGAGCGCGGUUCGAAGAGCGAUCGCGACGUCGAGCUCGACGAGUUUUUCGAGAACAACAACAACUCGUCAUCGUCGUCGUCGGAUGUAGGCGUUGAGGAGGCGGCGGCCGCGUCAGCCUCUUGCAACGGCGAGCUCGUGAGGCGGGCGCUGGAUCUGGAGCGAUCGGUCGAGACCAGCACCGAGACGUUGGUGUCUGAGCAUGUGGCGUGCGGGUCGUCACCGAAAGAGUACAAUGGCUUCGAGAAAAUCCAGAGUCCACGGCCGCGGACCGUAGACGAACCAAUGGGAGGCGCCUGCGACGUGUGCGCGCGGAGCGCAAAAAGCCCCACCGGAACGCUCGCGCACGCACGGCGGUUCAGCAGCUGCGCACUCGGCGAGGACGGCCUGAUGCCGCUGCGGUCGCCCGUACAGGAGCGGCUGGACCAGAUCCUCGAGGAGCAACGGCGGAAGGUGGAGCUUUUGGAAAAGGAGCUGCACGCGUCGCGCCAGAUCCUCAUCAGGCAGGCAUGUCACAAGUGUCACCGGAGCGGCGACGGCGAGAAGCACGACGACUCGGGUUCGGUGGUCGAGUCGCUGGGGAGCACAGGCGAGGGGCAAGCGUCCGCCGCCGGCGAAUCGCUACGAUCCGAUCUGUCGUGGGUGGCGGUCGAGGAGGGGGCGGUCGCCGAGUGCCAGGGCACCCUUUGGGUACCUGACCACGCGGUGAGCCGCUGCACCGACUGCGGCACCGAGUUUUGGCUGGGCCGCAGGCGCCACCAUUGCAGGAAGUGCGGGCGUAUUUUCUGCGCAGACUGUUCAGAGAACUCGACGCCGCUACCGUCAGAGCAGCUCUACAAUCCGGUGCGCGUGUGCACCAGCUGCUACACGGAGCUGCGGGAGACGGGAGGCGGCGCCGCCGCCGCCGCAACUUCAAGGGCGACGACCGGCACCGACGUACCCGCGCGGUGUAAGCACGGCGGCGCGCAGGGGACCGCCCCCGGGCCCCACGCCCGGAUUGCGGCAUCAAGCAACUAGACGGGAGAGUGACCACCCUCAACAAGUUUUUGGAUAAAAUUUUGCGUGUGAAAAAGGGGCGGAGGCGUGUUUUUGAACGAGGCGGUAGAUUCAAAGACCCUCUCUACUGUAUUAAAUCGAUUAAGUCCCAGGAUGAAUGAGAAAAAAAAAACGGCUCCUCCCCCAUUCCCACAUGUCGUACUUUUUUUUCACCGUGGAGAAGCAAGCAAAAAAAAAUUAUACGGAUCGUUUCUAUGUUAACUUUUGAAUAGUGCAUUUAAAUUUUAGGGUACCGUACGUAGGCGAGUGAGUAUAUGAGGUACAUUGUAUACACACACCAGAUGUACUUUGCUAUUUUAAUUGCAAAUAAAAAAAAAGUAUUUAAUUAAUAAAACGGAACGCGGUGCUUUAUUGCCGGCGACGCACGUUCACAUAAAAAGUUUUCCAAAAUACGCCGCGGGAGAGAGACGUAACAGACAAGCGCGGCGGUAGUUAAAAUGAAGAAACAUGUGAACGAAAUUACGCGCAGGAAUAUGUUGAUGACGUGUGAAAG